UUAGAAGCAGGGUGUAAAGUAAAGUCCACCUCCCGGCGCCGCUUGAGAAAAUCAGAGAGGAAAACAAUGGUGGUUGGGCGUUCUACGACAUGGGCCUACGUCCGAAUCAUCUCCGGCACCAUUCUCGGUGGCGUUCUCGGCUUCUACGUCAUGGACCGCCUCGAGAAAAGUUACAAGGAGAAGAUGAACGAGAGACUGAGGAAGUAUGAAAGUGAUUUGAAGAAGAAAGAGGAGAAGCUUAAUGAAUUUGCGGAAGAGUAGAGCGAAUCCGAGGCGCCUUUGUUGUUUCAUUUGCAUUUGAGAUCAUAAAUCUGGGGAUGGAUUAGUAGACUCAAAUUGAGGAAAUGAAUCAGUGACUCAAGUAGACGAAAGAACCAAUACCCAAGCUUUCAAAAGAUACAACAGUAACAAUCGGCAAAGAAAAUGGUCACUCUCUACUAUAGAACUCUUGUUUUCUACUGAAAAGUUGAA